AUGCGGCUGUGCGUGACGUACGAGCUCUCUGGCCCAGCACUGAUAAAAAGGUGUCAGCUGAGCCGAGGGCCAUCAAACAGCGAAGGAGCUGGCAAAGUCAGCCUCUUGAAGAAAGUACCGGCACUAAAGGAUGGAGACUUCACCCUAGCAGAAUGCACUGCCAUUCUGCUGUACCUGAGUCGAAAGUACAACACUCCCGACCACUGGUACCCAUCAGACAUACAAAAACGGGCCCGGGUAGAUGAAUACCUCUCGUGGCAUCAUGCUAACAUCCGGGCUAAUGCUCCUAAGACCAUGUGGAUCAAGGUGCUGAUUCCCCUCUUCACAGGGCAGCCAUUGCCCUCCGAGAAGCUCCAGGAGGUUAUGGAGGGGCUGUCCACUUCCCUGAAGCAAUUUGAAGAGAGGUUUCUGCAGGACAAGGCUUUUAUCAUUGGGAGAGAGAUCUCUCUGGCGGAUCUUGUGGCCAUUGUGGAGCUGAUGCAACCUGUUGGAGUUGGUUGCGACAUCUUUGAAGACAGGCCAAGGCUGAUGGAGUGGCGCAGGCGGGUGGAGGAUGCUGUGGGGAAAGAGCUUUUCUUCCAAGCCCAUGAGAUGAUCCUCAAUAUUAAAGAACUGAGCAACAUUCAAAUUGAUCCACAGCUGAAAGAGCACCUGGCACCUGUGUUGAUGAAGAUGUUGAAAUGA